AUUCCUGGUCCCCAUGUGUUAUUGUUUAUCUUUAAUGUUUACAUUGUUUUGAUUGGCAAUGGUCAUAGAAAAAUUAUCAAACUAAAAGUAUUAUUGUGUGUUUGAAAGAAAUAAUAUCUUGACAUCUAAGCCCUAAUCGACACUCUACUAGUAGUAAUACUAAUCUAGCACUUGUUCAAGUGCUUUACAAUUCGAUAAAAUCAUAGUAUGACAAAUUUCAUGAUGGAUUAUGAGUUCAAAAUGAAAACCCAGAAUGAGAGGGUGAAAGUUGAGGAUCUGUUCGAUUACGAGGGAUGCAAAGUUGGUAGAGGCACGUACGGUCACGUAUACAAAGGCCGAAGAAAAGACGGAUCGGACACUAAAGACUAUGCCCUCAAACAAAUUGAGGGUACUGGUUUGUCUAUGUCUGCAUGUAGAGAAAUUGCUCUCUUGAGAGAACUAAAACACCCCAAUGUAAUAAACCUGAUCAGGGUAUUUUUAUCUCACAAUGACAGAAAAGUUUGGUUGCUCUUUGACUUUGCUGAGCAUGAUCUGUGGCAUAUCAUAAAAUUCCAUAGAGCUGCUAAGGCAAACAAGAAGCCAGUGAUGGUUCCAAAAGGGAUGGUAAAGUCACUGCUUUACCAGAUUCUAGAUGGAAUCCAUUAUCUUCACUCAAAUUGGGUACUGCACAGAGACCUGAAACCGGCCAAUAUCCUGGUGAUGGGCGAGGGACCUGAAAGAGGCAGGGUAAAAAUAGCGGACAUGGGGUUUGCCAGAUUGUUCAACGCACCCCUCAAGCCGCUGGCCGAUCUCGACCCUGUCGUGGUGACAUUUUGGUAUCGCGCCCCCGAGCUGUUGCUAGGCGCCAGGCACUACACCAAAGCAAUAGAUAUUUGGGCGAUAGGCUGCAUAUUCGCCGAACUGCUGACGUCCGAGCCGAUCUUCCAUUGUCGACAGGAAGACAUAAAGACCAGCAAUCCGUACCACCACGACCAGCUGGACAGGAUAUUCAACGUGAUGGGAUUCCCACACGAGAAGGAUUGGGAGGACAUCAAGAAGAUGCCGGAGCAUCCUACCCUCCUGAAAGACUUCAAGAAGACAAACUAUGUGAAUUGCUCUUUGGUGAAGUACAUGGACAGGCACAAGAUAAAGCAGGACAGCAAGGCUUUCCACCUCCUGCAGAAGUUGCUCCUCAUGGAUCCGAACAAACGCAUAACGUCCGAGCAGGCCAUGCAGGAUCCUUACUUUGCCGAAGAUCCUCUUCCUACGCAGGACGUUUUUGCAGGUUGUCCCAUUCCAUAUCCGAAAAGGGAGUUUCUGACUGACGACGACCAGGACGAGAAGUCCGACAACAAGAGACAGAACCAGCAGCAGCAACAGCCCCAGCAGCAGCAGCAACAACAACAGCAGCAACAGCAGCAGCAACAGCAGCAGCAACAACAGCAGCAACAGCAGCAGCAACAACAGCAACAGUCCGGUCAGCAGGACAACCACAAUCCCGCGAAAAGGGUGAGGAUGACGGGACCUCAAGGUCAUCCCGGACAGCAAAUUCCUAUCUCCCAACAACAGGAGUUUCACCAACAACAAAUGAUGUACAAUAAUGGAUCACAACAACAAAACUUCCAGCAGAGAUUUUGAAUAGUUUUAGGUUCUGUUUUUAUAUCAAAUUGUUCUAUUAAUAUAUUUAUUGUAAGUAAAAAUUAUCACUAGGUAUACAGAUUGUUUUUUUUUGAGAAACGAUUCAAUAUAGAUGGUUGUUUUAUUGAUUGA